AUGAGACUCACCUCCGCAACCGCCUUGUUGGCUCUGUUGAUGAGCCCCGUUUUUGCUCAAAGUUGUAAUAAUGGCCGUGGCUUUUGCAAGGGCGGGCGAUGCGAGCCAAAUAACGACCCAAGCGGCGCUGGACCUUUCGUGGGGACUUUCAAGGAAUGUCUAACCGGCGGCGGACAAUCUCAAGUUGACGACUUCAUCCUCGGCGGGGGUAACCAAAACGCGAAGGUCAACGCUGGCGCGGCGUGUAAUAACGGAAGAGGCACUUGUAGUGCCCGAGGUGCUUGCGAGCCCAACAACGAUCCCAGUGGAGCAGGCCCUUUUGUUGGCACCUUUGACGAAUGCUUCAGUUAA